GCUUCCAAACAGCAACAACAGAUAUGUGUAACAGUUUCUGCAUAAACUCACAUAAACUACAAUUUGUAUCAAAAUAUAUAUUUUUUAAUUUGGUUUGAUUUGUCAAUGUGUAUUUGAAUAUUAACAAUUAGAAAAAAAAGAAAAAGAGAGAAAGUGCACAGGCGUGGGAGGAGUCUGCGCCCCGGAGCUCUGUAGCUGCAGCGCCCCCUGGAGGCACAGAAACCGAAAGUGUCAGGAGGAUCAGGUAACUCCGGAUCGUGUCGCAGCUGAUUCGAUCCAGCGAAGAAAGCUGGAAGCAGCAGCUGGUCGAGGGUUCGGUUCUGGAUCCACAUGGACUUCACCGCGCCAUAGAGGCUCCAGGUUCUGACUGAGGAUGAGUAGUUCAAGGAGGAAGAGGACAGCACAGUUUCCAGAAUCUACAAGUUCAACCCCAAAAAAGGCCCGACCUGAACCCUCAAAAGAUUCACAGAAACUUUAUUCUUCAACAUCCAGUUCUCUGUCCCUAAAGAGUGACUGGUCCAAAGAGGAAAACCCGACUUUCAGCGCUGAACCAGAACCGUCACACUCAAAAGAUCCACAGAAACUUUAUUCUUCAUCAUCCAGCUCCACAUCUCUAAAGAGUGACUGGUCCAAAGAGGAGAACCCGACUUUCAGUGCAGAACCAGAACCGUCACACUCAAAAGAUCCACAGAAACUUUAUUCUUCAUCAUCCAGCUCUCUGUCCUUAAAGAGUGACUGGUCCAAAGAGGAAAACCCGACUUUCAGUGCAGAACCGGAACCGUCACACUCAAAAAAGAGAGAUUCCUCCGAGGAGCAGGAGCCCUCCAGAUGUUCGGUUUGUGGAGACAUCCUGAAAGUUCCGCUCCGCAGCAGCUGUGAACAAGGUUUGUGCACGCGGUGCAACCGGGCCCCUCCAUCCGGACCCUCCUCCGGUCCACAAAGUGAACAAAGAUCCAGAACUGAAUCUGGACCGCAGACAGAAGAUUUCAGUUUCCUGAAGCAGCUUUACAAACAUAAGUGCAGACAGAGGAGGAUAAGUGAGCAUGUGGCUGAAGGAAGUGAAGAAGCAGCAGCUUCAGGAGGAGGAACUCUUCUCAACAACAUCUUCACUGAGCUCUACAUCACAGAGGGGCUGAGAGAAGAAGUGCACACCCAGCACGAGGUGAGGCAGCUGGAGACGGCCUCCAAGAAGACGCAAGCUUCCAUCAGGUGCCACGACAUCUUCAGAGCCUUCCAGAACCGAGAUGGACCCAUCCGGGUGGUUCUGACCAGCGGCAUUGCCGGCAUUGGAAAAACCUUCUUAGUGAAGAAGUUCACUCUGGACUGGGCGGCGGAUCUGGAGAACCAGGACGUCAGCGCUGUGGUUUCUCUUUCCUUCAGAGAGCUGAACUUGAUCAGAGAAGAGCAGCACAGCCUCCUGACUCUGAUCCAUCUGUUCCAUCCGACACUCCAGAAGAUCCCAGCAGAGCAGCUGGAUGUCUAUAAACUUCUCUUCAUCUUUGAUGGUCUGGAUGAAAGCAGACUUUCUCUGGACUUCAGCAACAGUCCGGCGGUGUCUGAUGUCACCCAGAAGUCCUCAGUCAGUGUUCUUCUGACGAACCUCAUCCAGGGACACCUGCUUCCCUCCGCUCUGAUCUGGAUCACUACCAGACCUGCAGCAGCCAAUCAGAUCCCUGAAAAACACGUGGACCGGCUGACAGAAGUGAUCGGCUUUGAGGAUUCUCAGAAGGAGGAGUACUUCAGGAAGAGAUUCAGCGAUGAAAAGCUGUCCAGCAGAAUCAUCUCCCACAUCCAGAGCUCCAGGAGCCUCCACGUCAUGUGCAGAGUCCCGAUCUUCUGCUGGAUCACUGCCACAGUUCUGGAGCACAUGUUGACCACAGAGGACGGAGGAGAGGUGCCGACGACGCUGACCGACAUGUACUCACAGUUCCUGAUGGUCCAGACAAAGAGGAAGAAGAAGUACCGGCAGGGAUGCCAGGCAGGCCCACAGGAAGUGACAGACGCUGACAGGGAAGUCCUUCUGAACCUAGGCAGGCUGGCGUUUGAACAUCUGCAGGAAGGAAACAUCAUGUUCUACCAGGAAGACCUCCAGCAGUGUGGUCUGGAUGUCACCGCAGCCCUGUUGCAUUCUGGGGUUUGCACUGAGAUCUUCAGAAGAGAGUGCGUGAUCUUCCAGAAGCCCGUUUACUCCUUCGUGCAUCUGAGCGUGCAGGAGUUCCUGGCUGCCGUCUACAUGUUCCACUGCUUCACCGUCAAGAACACGGCGGUCCUGGAGAACUUCCUGGUGACUCAAGAAAAAUCUCACGGACCUUCAACUCUGCAGUCUCUCUUUAAUAUUUUUUGGCCCUCUGAUGAGAAUGUUCCACAUUUCCCAACUCUGGAUGAGUUCUUAAGCAAAGUCUUGGAGAAGUCGCUGCAGAACGACUCUGGACAGCUGGACUUGUUUGUCCGCUUCCUUCACGGCCUCUCUGUGGAAUCCAACCAGAGACUUCUGGGAAGUUUGUUGUGUCACACGAAGGAGAGUGCAGAAACCCUCCAGAAAGUCAUCAACAACCUGAAAAUGAUGAGAAGUUACAGCAGCUCCCCGGACCGGAGCAUCAACAUCUUCCACUGUCUGCUGGAGAUGAAGGACCUCUCCGUGCAUCAGGAGAUCCAGGAGUUCCUGCAGUCGGAGAACCGAUCGGAGAAAAGGCUUUCAGAGAUCCACUGCUCCGCUCUGGCCUACAUGCUGCUGAUGUCAGAGGAGGUUCUGGACGAGCUGGACCUGAAAAAAUACAAGACGUCUCCAGAAGGUCAGCAGAGGCUGAUCCCAGUCGUGAGGAACUGCAGGAAGGCUCGACUCUCUGGAUGUGGACUCUCAGAGGCUCACUGCGAGAUCAUGGCUUCAGCUCUGAAGUCCAGACCGUCCCACCUGACAGAACUGGACCUGAGUCACAACACCCUGCAGGAUUCUGGGAUGAAGAUUCUGUCGGAUGGACUGCAGAGUCCAAACUGUCGGCUGGAGACUCUGAGGUUGAGGAGCUGCACCAUGUCAGAGGAGGCCUGCACCACUCUCGUCUCCGCCCUGAAGUCCUCCCAUCUGCAGGAGCUGGACCUGAGUGCCAACACGCUGAGUGGUUCAGCCAUGAAGCUUCUGUGUGGUUUCCUGCUGCGCUCUCAUUGCUCGCUGAAGACCCUGAGGUUAAGCAGCUGCAGGUUGUCAGAGAGCAGCUGUACUGCUCUGGUCUCAGCCCUGAAGACGAACCCGUCCCAUCUGACAGAACUGGACCUGAGCGACAACGCCAACCUGCUGGAUUCAGGAGUGAAGCUGCUCUGUGGUUUUCUGCAGAAUCCACUGAGCAAACUGAAGACUCUGAGGUUGAGGAGCUGCAGCUUGUCAGUGAGUAGCUGUGCCGUUCUGGUCUCGGCUCUGGAAACAAACCCGUUCCACCUGACCCAACUGGACCUGAGCGACAACAAGCUGCAGGAUGCAGGAGUGGAGCAGCUCUGCAGCUUUCUGAAGUUCCCCGACUGUAGACUGGAGACUCUCAGACUGGAGGACUGCAGCUUGACAGAGAGGAGCUGUGAUGUUCUUGCUUCUGCUCUGAUCUCCGUCCUGUCUCGUCUGACACAUCUGGACCUGAGCUUUAAUAAGCUGCGGGAUUCAGCAAUGAACCAUUUGUGGGGUUUCCUGCGGAGUCCAUUCUGCAGUUUGCACACUCUGAGGUUGGAGGACUGCAGGCUGUCAGCCUCAGGCUGCUCCGUGCUGUUCUCCGCUCUGAAGUCCAGUUCAUCCCGUCUGACAGAACUGGACCUGAACAGGAACGACCUGAAGGCUUCGGAUGUUCAGAACCUCCUGGAUCUGGUGGAGAGCCCCGACUUCAAGCUGGAGACUCUGAGGUGGAACUGUUGAGGGUGGAGCUGGGCGCAGUCAGAAGUCAUCAUCUGGAGCGUCCAGAGAUGUGGAAGCAGCUGUUGUCUGAGGGGGGAGAACAAUGGUCAAUAGAGAACUAAAUGUCUCUCUGAGUGAACUGUCAGCUGAUGUUUUCAGCAACAAUCACAGUAUUUGUCUUGAUAUAUGAAGAUCAGAAGAAAUCUGCCAGUAAAUAACUGGUAAAUGAAGGUCAGCAAAGAUAGUUUAUUACUGGUAAAGCUCAACCCUCACAUGUCAUCAUAAAUGUCCUUCAAAAAGGCUGUAGAGUUAAAGCUUUGUAUCUUUUGAGCUUCAGAACCAGCAGUUACUUCAUGAUUUCAUCCGUUUCCGGAGUUUCCAGCUUCCUCAUAAAAACGCAGGAUUGGGUGAAACAUUUAGGACUUUUUUUCCAAGACAUUUUUUUAAAUCUACGAGUAUUUUGGAGCAAUCUAAUUUUUAAAAAAAAAAGAACAUUUAUGUAAAGAACAAAUAUGGAGGUUUAAAAACGUCCAAACUAAAGCGACUUUCUGUGAUCAGACUAGAACACUAAAUGCUUUGGGUUUAGAACCCGGUUUGAUGUUUGUCCGUUAACGUUCAGUCACAACCACUUUAAGUUCCUUUUGCUUCCAGAUUCUUCUCUGCGUUCUUUUGGACAGUAGAUGAUUUAUUUCUGGGUUCUUUGCCCAGAUCACAGUGUAUUUUUAUGGUGCACUUUGUACCAAAUCCGGACAGAGAGUUUUACAUUGUGAGUUGAGCAUAUUUGCAGCUUUGGUCUGGUUUCUAUUGGGCAGUGAUUUAUGGAGGCUCUUCACACGGCUCUAACCUGAAACAUCUGCAGACUACCUCUAAAAGUCACUCAUAUUUGAAACUGAUCUGUGAUGAAUUUGCAAUUUACAGACUGACACAGUUAAGGCUACUUAAAGUUUCCUGUUGGUUAAACAGACUCUUCAUGCACAAAAACUGACUUUUUGUUCCAGACUGUUCAGAUUUCACAGACCAGAGCAGAAGGUUUUAGUUGUGACCUUUUGGUGGGAAACGUCAUCGUCCAACGUCUGUUUUCAUCGUUGUGUGAAUCAAGAAAAAAGAUGAUUACUUUCGUGUGAAACUGAAGAUUUUAGUCCUGCCGACUUAAAAGAGUUGAGGCCGAUUUAGCUGCCUCCACUCAAACAGAUUUUGUAUUUUGAUUAUAGAAAUUGUAGUCAUUUGAAUAGUUUUUUAACCCUCCAGAAACGAGAAAAAUUCUGCUGAGCUUUCAAAAUUUAUUUGACAAAUUGCUUUUUAUUUGUUCAUUUUAGGUAGCACCAAUUAAAGCGACCAAAUAAAUGAAAUAAAAUAAAUAAAAAGAAGGAAAUAAUUUAUAAACCUAAAAAAUAUAAAGAAAUGAAAUGAAAAACAGCAUCAAAGAGAUUUUUGUAUUUUUAUUUUAGAAAUUCGAAUAUUUUUUUAACCCUGCAGAACCAAUUUUCUUCGGAGCUCAAAAAAAUUAUUUGUUUUUUUGUUUAUUCAUUUUAGGUUGCACUUAUUAAAGCUGCCAAAAAUUAAAAAGAAUAAGAUAAAUACAUAAAAAUAAGGAAAAAAAGUAAUAAACCUAAAAAAAAAAGAAAUUAAAGGAAAAAGAGCAGCCAAAUUUGACCCUGUGGGUUCUCCAGGGUUACGACGGAUAUCCGCCCCACACCUAACACACCUGAAGUCCCACAUACCUGUCUCCGAGUAGCUCCUCUCCAUCCUUUCUCUUUGACAGUAAUGCUUUUGACCAUCUCUCUCGCUCAAGUUUGAGCCUGCUGCUCUGGAAGCUGCAUUGAACUGAACUUUCCACUCUGUAUCGUUUAUUUCGUAAGUGUGCGUCUCGAACAAACUGUAAAUAUGUUUUUAUUCAACUCAAUAACAUUAAUUGUUUACUAAUCCUGUGUAGUUUACAUCUCCAGAUGGAGAAACACUAAAAAAAAGGUUCCUCUGAGAUGAAACCUGUCAGACGAAGCUGACAUGAACUGAACCUUCAGCUGCUCCAGGUUUUGUGAUGGAAACAGCUCAUUGUUGGUGGUGGUUUUCUCACCUUCCUCUUCUUUUGCAAAGUUGUCACUUCUUCUUCUGGAAGGUGGAACUGUUAGUUUGGCUGUAAAUAACACUAAACUUGUCCUCUUUGUUGGCUGUACUGCCUGAGAGAGCUUAGAAGGAAGAAAAAAAGGUUGAAUAAAUAGAUGUAACAUCCAGAAAGCGAUUAUGUUAUUUUCUGAUCAUUUUUAGAUUUGUUGAGCAGCUGCAGAAACCUUUUGUUUUUAAAUCAAAUAAAAUCAAAGCAAACAUUG